AUGGCUACUCUCGAACAGCAAUUUGAAGCCGCAACAUCAGCGCGAGAAAUCCCUGGUGUUGUUCUUGUUGCCAGCGAUUCUAGUGGAUCAUUCAAAUAUGAAAAAGCCUUCGGACCAGCGACACCUGACUCGCAGACCGAGCUUGACUCAACUUUCGUCAUGGCAUCAUGCACGAAGCUUGUAACUUCUAUCGCUGCUUUGCGCUGCGUAGAGCAGGGCCAAAUUGGUCUUGACGAUGACCUCUCCCCUGUCUUAACGGAGUUCAAAGAUAUUCAAAUUCUCGAAGGCUUCGAAACCGGGACCGAUGGAAAAGAAAUUCCUAUUCUCAAGCCAGCCAAGAACAAGGUCACCCUGAGGCAAUUGAUCACCCAUACUUCCGGAAUCGGCUAUGACACUUUCACACCACCGCUCGUAAAAUUCCGCGCCACGCAAGGUGACGACUCCACAACUACCCAUGAAUCCGAAAUGCUCAAGACUAUUACUGUUCCUCUUUUGUUUGAACCCGGUACAUCCUGGGUCUAUGGCUACGGUCUUGACUGGGUAUCCGUCCUAGUCCGCCGUCUCAACAAUGGUCAAUCACUAGAAGACUACUUCCAAGCCCAUAUUUUCGGCCCACUAAAUAUCAAAGAUAUUACCUUCCGUCGCGAUCUCAAUCCACACGUUCAAGAAAAACUCGUCAAAAUGACCGUGAGAAAGGGCUUGACAAUUUCUAAUCCCCUCCUUGGACUUUCCGAUGACGGUGAUCAGGGUGGAGAGGUAGAAUGGACCGAUAGCGUACCCUAUGACAUUGGGGAACAUGAAUGUUUUGGAGGUCACGGACUUGUCGGUUCGGCAACUUCAUAUCUCAAAAUCCUCACGUCGAUUCUUCGCGAUGAUGAAGUGUUGCUCAAGAAAUCUACCACGGCGGAAAUGUUCAAGCCGCAGCUUUCCGCUAAUGCAGUUGAUGCUAUGUGUUCCAGCCUCGUGUGCGCAUUUCAUUCUCAGGGAUUCUUCUCGAGUCAUCCUUUUGGGAGAAAGCUGAAUUGGGGAUUAGGUGGGUUACUGAUCGAGGAGGAUAUUGAGGGGGGUAAGAAAAAUGGUACUCUCUGCUGGAGCGGUCUACCGAAUUUGUUGUGGAGUAUUGAUAGGAAAGAAGGUUUGGCUUGCUUAUACGCUGGUAAUGUAUUACCUUUUGGUGAUCCGAAGAGUUAUACGAUGCAGCAGAUUUUUGAGGCGGAGAUGUAUAAAAGGUUUGGAGAGUUUAAGAGAUCGUAA